GAUAUUUAUAGUAUAGGCGUAUUAUUUUGGGAAAUAUCUAGUGGGCAGCCUCCUUUUUAUGUUGAGGAUGAAGAAUAUGAUAUUGGUUUAGCUGUGGAAAUUUUACAAGGUCUUAGAGAAACUGUUGUUCCUGAUACUCCUGAAGAAUAUAUUAAAAUUUAUACCGAAUGUUGGGAUGGUGAACCAGAUAAUCGUCCAACUAUAUAUCAAGUCGUUGAUUGGCUAAAUGCAAUAAUUAUAAAAUCAGAU